AUGUUCCGUCGUUGUGCAGUGAAGCUUAACCCCUACGACGUUGUCGUGAUUGGCGGUGGCCCCGGCGGCUAUGUGGCGGCCAUCAAGGCGGCGCAGCUCGGCCUUAAGACGGCAUGUGUUGAGAAGCGUGGCUCGCUCGGCGGUACCUGCCUGAACGUUGGCUGCAUUCCCUCAAAGGCGCUCCUGCACGCGACGCACUUGUACCACGACGCACACGCCAACUUUGCGCGCUACGGCCUGCUUGGUGGCGAGACCAUCACGAUGGACACGGUGAAGAUGCAGCAGCAGAAGGAGAAGGCGGUGAAGGGCCUCACGGGGGGUGUGGAGUACCUCUUGAAGAAGAACAAGGUGGCGUACUACAAGGGUGAGGGCAGCUUUGAGUCGGCGACCACCAUCAAGAUCGCCGGCCUCGAUGGCAAGGAAGAGAAGAUCGAGACGAAGAAAACGAUCAUCGCCACUGGGAGCGAGCCGACGCAGCUGCCGUUCCUACCCUUCGACGAGAAGGCUGUGCUGUCCUCCACAGGCGCCCUCGCCCUGCAAGAGGUGCCCAAGACGAUGGUGGUGAUUGGUGGCGGCGUCAUCGGGCUCGAGCUCGGCAGCGUGUGGGCGCGACUUGGCGCGAGCGUGACGGUUGUUGAGUUUGCCCCCCGCUGCGCACCGACGCUUGACGAGGACGUCACAAACGCCCUCGUUGGCGCCCUUGCGAAGAAUGAGAAGAUGAAGUUCAUGACGAGCACCAAGGUGGUGAGCGGGACGAACAACGGCAGCAGCGUGACGCUCGAGGUGGAGGGCAAGGACGGCAAGCGCGAGACGCUCACGUGCGACGCGCUGCUCGUGUCGGUUGGACGGCGCCCGCACACCGGCGGCCUCGGCCUCGACAAGAUCAACGUCGCCACGAACGACCGCGGCUUCGUGAAGAUCGGCAACCACUUCGAGACGAAUGUGCCGAACGUGUACGCGAUCGGUGACGUGGUCGACAAGGGCCCGAUGCUCGCGCACAAGGCGGAGGACGAGGGCGUCGCCUGCGCAGAGCUGCUCGCCGGCAAGCCGGGCCACGUGAACUACGACGUCAUCCCCGGCGUUAUCUACACCAUGCCGGAGGUGGCGAACGUCGGCAAGACGGAGCAGGAGCUGAAGUCGGCGGGCGUCGCGUACAAGGUCGGCAAGUUCCCCUUCAACGCCAACAGUCGCGCCAAGGCGGUCGCCACGGAGGACGGCUUCGUGAAGGUGCUCGUCGACAAGGCCACCGACCGCAUUCUCGGCGUGCACAUCGUCUGCACGGCCGCGGGCGAACUUAUCGGCGAGGCGUGCCUCGCGAUGGAGUAUGGCGCCAGCUCCGAGGACGUCGGCCGCACGUGCCACGCACACCCGACCAUGUCGGAGGCGCUGAAGGAGGCGUGUAUGGCGUGCUUCGCCAAGAGCAUUAACUGUUAA